UUCGGUUUAGCCACGCCUCUUUGGACCCUCAUUCAGAGUAAGAGUGAGAGAUCAGCGAACGCCAAGCAGCUACUUUCUGUCGCGGCUGCCUGGCGUUAUUUACCGUCUCCGGCAAUCUGCGGGCUUUUCCCGACUCGGCUCGCGCUCGUUCGCUAACGUGUCCCACCGUCGGUAUGUCCUCAGACGCCUCAUCUCGUGUGAAGUCCACCACCCCUCCUCUGUCCCCGCUGUCUCCCGUCUCUCCCAGCUCUCUGCGUCUUCCCGCCUGCCGCCAAAGAGACCGCUCGCCCUCCCCCAUGAGGGGCUGCCUGAUUCCCAGCCCCCUGCCCACCCGCCGCAACCGGACCUGCUCGGCUGCAGCGCGUGCAGCAGAGGGGCCGGUCUUCAGCGGGGUCUGCAAGUGCUUUUCACGUUCCAAAGGACACGGUUUCAUCACGCCAUCGGACGGAGGCAAUGACAUUUUUGUGCACAUAUCUGACGUCGAUGGUGAAUAUGUGCCUAUGGAAGGAGAUGAAGUUAGCUACAAGAUCUGCUCUAUUCCACCCAAACAUGAGAAGAUCCAGGCCGUGGAGGUGACCAUCACUCAUUUAGCACCAGGCACGAAGCACGAGACCUGGUCUGGAGCGGUGGUUGAAUCUUGAGCUCUCUCUUUCCUCUGAACUGUGAGAUGGCGAUUUGUUAAAAUGGGUUUCUGUUCCUUUUUCUGGAGGUUGGGGUGGGAACGUGGCUGAAUGAAUGAAUGAUUGAAUGCCUUUAACUCUUAAAAAAAAAAUAUAUAUUAAAAAAACUGCUCUCGUUUUUCCCCCUUUCUUUGGGCUCAGGAGGGGAGUUUGUUCAAAGUUCUCCAUCUCUGGGUUUUUGGUUAAUAAUGUGGAAUGAACAGCAGUCAGUUAUACUUAAACUAACCAUCUGUGAAUCUCCGAUUUUAAGAACUGACUGCAAAAUCUUAAGCCUUAUUGCAUAUCUGAAUCGCUAAAUAUGUAGAAUUCUUUUUUUUUUUUUUUUUUUUAUUCACUGAAAAAAUUGUCUAUAUACUUUGUGAAAUAUAUCAUUUUGAUCAUU